AUGGAAGAAAUCAAGUGUGGACCAAUCCCAGACAACAACCCAGGAUGGAAGCCAACGAUUUACACCACAGCCAUCGCAGCCGGAGCCCACAAAUAUGACAUCAAAGCAGCAGACAUUCUGGCGAACCCCCCAAACCAGGCUGUGGUCCUCAAUAAGGGAAACACUGGAGUCUACGACGUCCCAGUAAACCCUCCACGCUAG